AUGACAGAAAUGCAUUUAAAAGUAGAAAAGCACUCGGACAGAGCACUGGUGGUUUCCAGUCCUGGCAGUGUUCGCAGCAACCGCAGUCACAAGAACUAUUCUUUCACUAAUGAAGAGGUACAGGCAAUCGACCGGGAGAACCAGUGGUUGUUACUUGAACUCUCAUGUUCAUCUGCGCGCUCGCAUAAUGGCAACUCUGCCUGCAUCACCACCAGCAGUCGCAGGAGCAAUACACCACCCAUACACCUUUAUCACAGCGGCCUCAACAGGCAAAGACAUCAAGAGUGCAUUCAGAAAGGAAACCUGGCAUUCCUGAAGCAUCUAGAAUCUGUGAAGGCCACUCCUGGCAUGACCCAAAACGAACAACUAGCUGAUUACCAGCACCAGUGCUGAUACCUGGGAACACACAUUACAUCUGUGCCACCCCCUCAAACCAGGACAGGAAGGAGUUCAAGACCCUCCAACAGUCCACAUAGAGCUAGACCAGAGACUGCUGAACUCAACAGAGUAACACCACAGCCCGCCUGGUCUCGUAGUGUCUCAAUGAAUUCAGCAGAUGACAGAGAUGGGUGUAUCUUAUUUCUGUUAUCAGAUUAA